CCCGGGUCACAUGCGCGGCUUUCCCGUGGCCAGCGGCGUAAAAAAAAAAAAAAAAAAAAAAAAAAAGAGGAUGCUCUCUGUCGGAUUCUCUGCCAUUUUCAUGUGGACGAAUUAGAUAAAGGACCGCCAUCGAAAACAAAUGGAAAUAGGCGCCAUAUGGGACUGUGAGAGGAGGUCCAUCACUCGUUGUGUCGAUAUUGUUCCAGGUUCGUCUGGCGUCGGUUCCGUUCCCUUCAGCUGACGCGAGAGCGCACACACGGAGCUUCAUCAGCCGAGCCCUGCCUGCAUUUUGCACGUCUUCCUCUGGAGCCCUGCUAUCAGGAAUGAGUAUAGAAAUCCCCGAGGGCUUGACGGAGCUUUUACAGAGCUUUACGGUGGAGGUGUUGAGGAAUCAGCCGCGGGAUCUUUUGGAGUUCGCCCUGCAGUAUUUCACCCAGCUGAAGGAGAACGAAGCGAGGGCGGCCGCUUUCGGCAAUGAGCAGCAUCCGGCUCUGCGCGCAGGCAAAGCCGUUAACUUCAUCGAGGAGGCCAUGCAGAUCGACUCAGAGAACGGAGAGGACGAGGAUGACGAUGAGGAAUUCGUAGCACCAGUCAUAAACAGAUUCAUAAGACGACCUUCUGUGUGUGCAGAGGCCUUCAACCCAGAUGAGGAUGAAGAGGACAAGGAGCCCAGGGUGACUUACCCAAAAACAGAUGAACAGAGACAAAGACUACAGGAGGCCUGCAAGGACAUACUUCUUUUUAAAAAUCUUGACCAGGAGCAAAUGUCCCAAGUUCUGGAUGCCAUGUUUGAGAAGACAGUUUCUACUGGCGAACACAUCAUUGAUCAAGAUGAUGACGGAGACAACUUUUAUGUCAUUGAAAGAGGGACUUUUGACAUCCUUGUGAAGUCAGAGGGCACCACAAGAACAGUGGGCUCGUAUGACAAUCGUGGGAGUUUCGGGGAGCUGGCGCUGAUGUAUAACACCCCACGCGCCGCCACCAUUGUUGCUACCUCACCUGGCGCCCUGUGGUGCCUAGACCGAUUAACAUUCAGAAGGAUCAUUGUAAAAAACAAUGCCAAGAAGAGGAAAAUGUAUGAAGCUUUCAUUGAGACCCUUCCACUGCUCACAUCUUUGGAGGUCUCAGAAAGAAUGAAGGUGGUGGAUGUCUUGUCAUCCAAAGUGUACAACGAUGGAGAGCAGAUCAUUGCACAAGGUGACCUGGCAGACUGUUUCUACAUCGUAGAGUCAGGUGAGGUUAGAAUCACCAUGAAGAGGAACCGGUUGAAAACAGAUUCAGAGCAUGACGAAGUGGACAUCGCCACAUGCACUAGAGGGCAGUACUUUGGAGAAUUAGCCCUUGUUACAAACAAGCCAAGGGCCGCUUCUGCAUAUGCGGUGGAAAACGUCAAGUGUUUAGUAAUGGAUGUCCAGGCAUUUGAGAGGUUGCUGGGGCCGUGCAUGGACAUCAUGAAACGCAACAUCGCUAACUAUGAAGAGCAGUUGGUCACCCUUUUUGGGAGUCAGAUGGAAAUAGAAGAGUCAAGUGCAUAAAAUUAAAAACAAAAAAACGCUCCAAUGCAACAUAUUGAAAAGAUAUAAUAAUGGUGAGUACAGGUCUCUCACCAUUGUUCAGAUGCCAUAUGAUCAUAACUUUUGAACUUCAAAGUUAUUGUUUUGCAUCACAAAGUGAAGCUCUGGUGUGUCAGUGAUAGUGAUUUUUUACAUGUAGGAUAAACUUAACAGGUUAUGUAAGGUUUGAAAAAAAAGAGUUUCAUUUUUCAUUAGUAAAGUGUUUUGUUAUAUUGGGAAUAAACUGUUUAUCCAGCUAUUUAGUAAUGUCAUUAUCUCCACUGCUGUAUUUUAUUUUGGAGUGCUAGGAUAGGAUUGUUUUAUUUUUUUCCAGUUAUUUUUUUAUUUUUGAGCUCAGGCUUUGACAGAUAAAAGUUGAAAUCUCCUGUCACUCAUUUGUCAUGUAUUUCAAAAAUCUUGUUUAUGAAUCCUGUACAUUUUGAAGUACAAAUGGCAAUGUUCUUAACACAUCUUAAUUACAAUAUCCCCAAGUUUUGUCUUGAUUAAUAUCUUCACAGAAUGAGCAAACACACAAACAUAAAUUUGGUACUAUACUGUCUGUGAGUGUAUGAGGAUGAUACAAACCAAAACCUAUUCAUGUAUAAACUUGUAAUGGUUUGAUUACAGAAAAGGGAAAUAUAAGAGUGUGUAUGCAAAUUGCACUUUGCUGUCAGAAUCAUGGAAAAAGAAAAAUUGCACAUUAACUUAUGCUGUACACAGUAGUUUAGAAUUUUAGUUCCCUCAUUAAUAAGGAGAAUCCAUGUAGUAUUUUAAAGUACUGUCUCAAAGGUAGCGUAUUUAUUGUACAUAUACAUUAUGUUAACGUUUAUUUAUUAACCCCCAGUGUUUCAGAGUGUAACAAGACAUAUUUAAUGUUCGUAAGAUAGCUUUCUGUUGCCGAUUAUUUUCUACGGUGUGUGUGUUUUUGUUAAAAAAAUAAUAAGAAUAAUUAUUAUCAAAUAUGUUAUGGCAUAUUACUUUAUUUUACUCUAAUAUGCUCAUUUGCCUUUAAAAGUUUUACUUCUGAACUGCAAUAUGUGUCACCAGUUGUAGUGCUGUUUUCCAUUAUUCCAUCCAUUACAGUAUUACAGUGUCUUUGCUCCACUGGCAAGUAAUCACUUUUUGAAUUUUUCUUCCAAUAACAUUGAUGAGAUGAGAUUUAUUAAUGUCUUCAUAACAAUGUUGCACCAUGACACUGUGUGAGAGUCUACAGCUUCUGUCUCUGAGUAGCCCGCCUCAACUGUGCGCUUUCAUUGUAGGAUUUUCUGUUCAUUGUUUUAUAAGCAGUACACUCCUUAAAGACUUUAAAUGCUGACCUGUGUUUAUAUUUAUAUCAUUUAUCUGAAUUACCAUGUUCAAAAGUAGCUCUUUGCAUUAACUGCUCACUAUUUAAUGACAUCCAUGUAGAAAGGUCUACUCUUAAUGCCAGAGGCACUAGUACUAUUGUCUGUGAUAUUUCAUUUUCCAUUCAAAUAAAAUACAAUUUUGUAUUAAA